AUGUUGAGAGCCACUCUUCCUUUACUCUCCGCUAUCAGAUCGAUCAAGGCUUCGACAGGCAUCACCGGUCUCCCUGCGCAUCCCGACCCCCUCCCCGCUCUCUCACACAUCUAUGCGUCCACUCUCUCCCUGCUCUCAUCUAUCCCGUCGACCUCUGUCUAUCGUCAAGCUACUCAAGCUGUGACAGAGCAUAAUUUGAACAUAGUCGAGAAAGCGAAGGGUGACGUGGCGAGCGUUGAGCGCGAGCUGGGAAUGGUCGAGAAGCUCAUCGAGGCGGCCAAGGAGGAGCAGAAUCUGGCCGGAAAGAUGCUCGAGUGGAAAUCGUGGGAGGCUCUGGAAGAAGAGCCUCGUCCAAACCAAUGGCGAUACUUUGACCCAGGUAACGAGUAG